AGUGCCCCACCGGUUGCCGUGACAACGGCGUCGGCCCCGCGGCGCGGCUGAGCCGGAGCGGGCCGGGAGCUGGCGGGUCCCCGCCCCGGCCCGCUCGCCGCCCAUGCCGCGGAAGGCCCUGCUCUGCGUCCUGCAGCUAGACGUCCGCUCGAUAACGUGCCCCGGAGUGCUGUUGAAAGACAAAGAGGAACUUUAUCUCAGUGUCUCUGUACUUGGACAAUACAAAAAGACCCAACGCGUCCCUGCAUCAUUUCCACUCUUCUUUCAAGAAAAACUAGUAUUUGAAAAGGCAUUCGCUGAUAUAGUUGAUCCUGGAGACCUUGUGGAGUUACUGGAACUUGACACAGCAGUACUUGAACUAAUACAGCUCGUUCCUCCAGUAGGAAAAAUUCUAGCUACGUAUGAAGAAAAUACAAGAGAUUUCCUGUUUCCUGACCCUAAGCGUACCUGUGGGCACCAUGGUUUAGAUCGUGAGAUUUUAAUGAAGAGGUCCUCUUCUUUUACAGGAAUUGCACCAAAAUUGAGAUUUUCUACGAGCUCCCUUAUUACAGAAAGUCUGUUAAGCUCAGGAAGGAGUCACAUACAGGGUGAUUUGAAUCGGGUACAUCACUCAACCCCAAAUGGAAAACUGCAAACGAAGUUACCAAAGAAAAUUACCCUUUCACCUGAGAAAAGCAGGCAGAGCUUAGCAACAAAGAACUACGAGCAGCCUACAAUAGCUUCUAAAUCACGUUCUCCAUCUCCAUACACAAAAAGACGGAUGUGUGAGCUAUCAGAAGAAGCCAGGCAACGACUGUCCCAUUUAAGCCUUGGUCCUUACGAAUUCAGAAGAGAAACUGAUAAACCUCCAUUUGUAGUUAGACGGGUUGAACAACCGAGUCCUGGUAUUAAACUUCACGCCUGGUGUCCCACGCGAGAAAACACAGCAGAAGCCUUGACCAAGGCAGACCACGAUCCUUCUCUUCUCGGCAGCUACAGACCCAAGAAAGACAAAGCAAAAUCUACUCAUGGGAAAGGCAUUUGCAGUGAGGAUGGGAUCUCAUAUUCACCCAACAAACAGUCUCAUUCUGCUGGUUUUUUAGAACAUUCAGCACCUCCAACAUUUCAGAAGCGUUCUCUAAGUUCUGUGCUAAAUCGAUCUUCUCUAAGGGAAAGAUUUAGCUCUGGUUGGCCUUCACCAGCAAAUGGAGAUGAGAUCCAUAAAAGAGUGAAAAAUAUUUUAAGGACACACAGUGCUAGACAGCGCCUGGUAUUUGAUGAGAGUAACUCAUCAGAAGGGGACUUGACUAAGACAAGGGAAUCUUCGCGUAAAGCGCCCUUAUCCAUGACUGAACUGCAGAGCAGUUCACCAGUGCAGCAGAACGCUACUGUUCACUUGGAUAAUGGUGAAUAUUGGUCUAGACGUGCGGCUGUAUACAAAGGGAAGCCUCGCAGAGCGAUCUUUGAAGAGAGUCUGGAGAAAAUAUACAGAAACAUGUACCAAAAAGCUUCUGGCACUGCUUCAGACCAAAAAAUGCACUCCUGAUAGCAAUUCACCUGGAAAUGCACAGUACACAGUGUUCAUAUUUGUAAUGAAACCUAUUUUUAUGUAACAAAUAUUUGUAUUCUAUUUUUAAGCUGUAAUUAUGGUUGGGCAGGGUUUGGGAGAAAUGAAGUUUUGGCCUGGGUUGCUAAAAGGAAACUAUUAACAUCUGCCCUGUGCCUCUCCCCGCAAGGACCUCCCCCUCUCCUCCCCCCCAGAAAAAACCACCCUAAAACCAUAAAAAAAAACCCAAAAUCCAAAAGAAACCCAGUAACUAAGCCCCUCCAUAAUUAAUCAUGAUGGUGUUGCUCCUUUGAGGCUAUGAAAAGAUAGUCAUUUGAAGACUAAGAGGUCUGCUGGACAUUCCUGUCUGACAUCAACUCAGGUUUCAGCUGCAGCCAAUUCUUAUUAAAUAAUUAAAGCUAUUUAGUAACAUAAACAGAAGAAACAGUAUGGCCUAGUGUUCAGAGAGGGGGUCUAAAGACAAGGGUGAAUGUGAGUGUUGAUUUAAAAGUGUCCCAUCUGGGACAAAGGGGAUGGAAUUGUUUCUAGAAAAUUGCCUUUGGAUUGCUUAUUUUUGAGACAGGCAGAAACUCUGAUACUGACCUAUAGACAUGCUUUCGAAGUGGUUUCAAACGCUUUAGUCACCGAUUUUCUGAUACUGCCAAAUUUUAAAAGAAACCCACCCAGCCCAACAGCCUUUGUAUCAGAAGAAAGGUCAUCUUCACACACUCUGUGCAUUUGAAAGUUUCCAGGUUCUCUUGAAUGCAGCCAUGACAUUUGCCAAUAUACUUGUAAUUUUAAAAAAUAUGAAUAAGAAAGGAGCGCAGAGGGAGAAAGACUGGAGCUCGUCAGCAAGCUCCUCAUAUACCCCGUACAGGCCUUCUGAAGUUCCUGUAUCACAAUCCCGCCUAAUUUGGAGCCUGUCCUUCCCAGUCUGCUGGGAUCCCGUUGGCAGAAAUCACAUCGUUUUUGCUAAAGGCCACCAAAUGUUCAUCAGCAGUUCGAUGCUUUCCCUGGGGAUGGAACCUUUUCAGCCUUGCAUUGAACAGAUCCCACAUUACCAGACCGGGGCAAAUUGCCCAUCUAUUGAAAAGCGGAAUGUUUUAAAAGGGCAAGAGUGUCCAUCUCCUGCUUCCUUUCAGAAUGGGGGGGGAAAACAAAUGCCUGUUCUGGCUCCUUCCCUGACACUGCGAACAGAUUCAGUUACACCAGUGCCAUUUUACCUGUUAUGAUUGGAUAAAGGAUAAAGCUAGCAGUACAGAUGGCAGAACAUAUGACUGUAACCUGCCAGCAUGCCUAGAUAAACAAAAAGUUGGUCUACUCUGCCUUCCGUCCUUUAAUGCUGAGACAACAUAAUUGAUUUGAGAAAGCAGUUGGUGAGCAAUUAUGCUAGUGGGAAAGCACGUUGAAAGGCUGUGUGCUUCUGUUUUAGGAAAGGGGACUCUCAGAGGAAGUGUCUUGCAUAUAGACAUUUCUAUUCCUUGUAACUGUUAAACCAGUUGAAGUGGAUUAACACUGAUAACUUCCUGUCCCUGAUGCCAUUUAGCACAUUAGUGCUUUCAAAGGGCAUUAGUUGCACAGUCCUAUGCUAUGGAUAAGUGUUGAGUCACUCUGUGAAGUAGUAGCACUCUUUUUUUGCAGAAGUGAAAAGUAAAACUUACCCAAACUGUGCCACUGAAGGCAUGGUGGCCAUGGAGUAUUGUGCUACCAGUACCUGGUAUUCUUUCAUUAGCCUAGUCCUGUGACCCCAUAUUAGUCCAUAAAGGAAUUGUUUCUUUAUCCUUGCUGCGCAGGAAAGUAGUUAUAUUCAAAUGCAUCCUAAAUGCGCAGGGCACAUUCUGAGAGAUACUUUCCAAGCUUUUGAUUUAAAAGGAAUCUACUGAAAUCUGGAGGUUGCUGCGGUUUCCUGCAUGUGUUUGAGCCAUAAGAUUUAGUGUUCUUUUCAUGGUAUCCCACAGUUUUCAUUCAGUAUUCUCGGUGUUUUCCCUCCCCAGUGUCAUAGCUUAGUAAAAGUUGGUCUUCCGAAGACUGGCUGCUCCCCUUUGGCCUAAUCUGCUUCUAUGACAUAGAAGCGCUCUUCGAUUUUUCCCUCCCCAGCAAUCCAGCAGAUUUUAGUCCUUGCUUGUUCAAUGUGUAAGAAGGCCUGAAUGCUGAGGCUUUGGUUUUUUGCAGAGAUGAGUAAGGACUCAAGUUGCCGUGAAUUCAAGACACACGAGGAGGGGAUGAGGAAGGUUGAAGGCCACUGUGAAAAAACAGGGUGAUGUUUUCGAGGGGUCCAGAGGAAUGGCUGGGGUCUAUCUAUCUGUUUCAUUCCCCCAGCUAAAGAAUGGAAGGAUAUGGUAAUAAGGCAACCUUCAGUUUUUCAUCAAAAAUUAAAAAAAGAAAAUCAUCAAAGGUGAAAACGGGAUGGGAGAAAAAAAAAAUCAUAUAUUGAAUUUUGACUGAUAUGAAUAUUCUCGCUGUAGUCUUCGUAUGCAACAUAACAACAAAUGAAGCAGAUAGACUCUGAGUGUCCUUGGCCCUGCUCCAGCUGCGAGGGGGAGACGGUGUAUAUAAUGUCUUUCUGAAUCAGCUGCUGCAGGAUGUGUGUUUCUCUCUUGGGUCAGAGUCAUUCCACAGCUUAUAUGCUGUGAUAGAGCAAAGAGUGUUCUCUUCCAAGCACUGUGCUGGAAAUCUGGUUUGGUUAAUGGAAAACUUUUCCCUGAAACGUGGCUUAAGACCCAAAUUGCUCCAAUCUGUCUGUAAAAUCUGCAAGCCACUUGGUUUUCAGAAGCGUUUGGCCCUUUCCCUGUUUGCUCAGCUAACCCUCCUAUUAAUAUGCAUACAGCUCAAGUGCACUGAGCGCUGCUGCUCCUUUGCUACUGCACUAUGUGAUAAGUUCAGGCAGUGAACCAACAUAGUAAUAAACUGUAAUUGUUUAGUGCACCUUACCUUCUAAUACAAUUUAAAUCCCUUCUAUGAAAUGCAAAUUUCUAGGUUCCUGAAUGGAGCUUUAAAUAGCAUUUUCUGUGCUCGUUCCUUAUCUUUUGCCAUCCACAAAGUGGUCUUUCAGUGACAGUGGGAUGGCAUAAUUCCACCCCCGUCAUUUUACCUCCUAAAGGAAAGCUGCCUACUCAAAUCUAGAAAUAAUGGGCUAGAUUAAGAGUGAAUUAUUGUUUUUUUGUAGAGUCUAUCUCUUUCUCUUGCCCUCCCCAAGUUAUUAUAGCCUAUGAGUAUUCUCCCCAAAUGCUAUUCAGCAUCCAGUGUUGCUUGCAGUAUGCAAUCAGUGCAAUAUUUUAAUCACUUCCAUUUUAAUAAGUCAGAGUCUGCUUCCUACUUGCUCCCUUCCCUCUUUCCUACAAAUAACUUAGUACAGUUUAGGAUCUUGGGGUGGCUUUAGACAAACUACCUGCCUGUGUUCCGUAGAAAUGCAAAUCCUUUGCUGAGUAGUACUUGCUUUGGAAAUCACUCAGUCAUUGACCUGUCGUGGAUUAGAGGCAAAAAUGUCAAACUCUCUAAUGAUUUGCCUUAUCUAAGUUUUCAACCAGAAGAAGGGAAGCUUAAAUUGGUCCACUGGGGACAAGAAGCACAGGGAUGGCUAGAGUAAUGGGAACAGGUAGGAGCAGCUUUGUAAGAUAGAUGGGCAGCAGUGUUUGGACUCCAAAUCUGAGCAGCUUGGAAGAUGGCGAGAGCUGUUCUUUAGAUAGUGAAUCACAUGUUUGAAUUUUACUAUUACUUCAGAGGCUGCCAAAACGGUGAGGGGAAACACAAAUCUGCCCAUAGGUGUUGGGAAUCUAUUUUGGGGGUAAAAUAACAGAACAUUUAGCUCUGCUCAGUAUUAAAUAGUCUGUUCCAAACUCCCUCUCAUUGUUACCUCAGCUGUAAAAUGGGGAGUUUGUGCUCUGGUGAAGCUUAAUUAAAUGACUGUGAAGUGCUUUGGGAUCCCGAGGUGAAUGUUACAGAAAUGAUUUUGUGGAAGCCUGGCUGAAAAGUCCCAUCUCAUCCCCACGUUACUAAAAAGCCUUUAUUUUAAUUUUCCCAGGUUUAUUAUGUUUUAAUCAGACAAUUAUUAAGCAAGUCUUAAUCUUAUCAAGACAGAAAUCUAUUAAAUCUAAGGAAAGGCUGAAAAAGAGAAUGAACUGCUUUACUACAUGUACUUUUAGGAGCUAAUCUUUACAGUUGGUAUCCUACACGGCCUCUGCCUCCUGCAUGAUCCGGGUUCAUCAUACUUACACUGAUUGCUCUCAUGAUAUCUUUUUCUCUUUCCUUUUAAUACAAAUUAUUUUUUUGUCAUCCUGAUGUCUCAGCGCUGUCUGCUCUGUGCACUAAUCACACCGCUAACAUCUAUCACAUCGCUUGUUCUCAUCCUCUCCCCAGGAGCAAGGGGUGCAAUGGUGUGUGCAACCUGACAGUGGAGAAGCUCCUGUGGUGUGCCGCAGGUUUGUCAGAGAGCGUAAGUUGGAAGGAAUCUCUGCCUUUUUCCGUCUGUGUGCAAGGAAUAGCUUAUUAGAUACUUCUGCUCUUCCUAAUUUUGAAGCUUGAAAGUGUUUUCUGAAACACUGGACUAUGCAACCAAAUUCUUGGCCUUUUAGCAGUGGUCAUUUAACUGUAUAAAUCUUGUAAUGUGGAAACUCUGGGUCAUAGGAAAGCCUACCAGGAUGUUAAUUACUUCAGUGUUUACGGACUGAUCGUUAUCAGGAUGCUGAGAGUAUCUCAAGAGAUUUGUUUAGUAGUGAAGGAAUUUGGGGAGACUUUCAAAUCAACGCAACUUAGCUGCUUGGUUCCCGUGCAAACAAUUGAAGCUAAGAGAGAACAGCGCUUUUGUGGAUGAUCUUAAUGAGCUACCUCACCGACAGAAAUGACGUCUGGUUUAGCUGAUGGUCUCUGGUAGCAGCAGAGAACCGGUCUUUGCCCAGUUCUUUUCAGUUUCAACAAAUAAACCAGUGUUGUGGGAAGUGAUCAAGAACACCUAAUAUCCCUGUUUCUAGUACACAGUGAACUAUUAAGCACAAGCCCUGUUGAUUGCAUUGGUUUCUACUGCUUUCCCUAUGGAAUUCAAAGCAUCAUCAACCAAAGCCCUUAAAAGAUGGGGCUGUAGCUCCUUUUGUGAACAGCGUUGGCUUGCCAAAGCCACGCAGUUUGUUCCCUGUUUGUCUUCGGUGAGAAAUUCUCUGAAGUGCAGUAAUAAUUUGUCUGGAUGGCAACACAAAGGAACUGUAAUCUUUCUCUUUGCUUGAUCAAUGUGGAGACUGUGCUUUUUCUUCACGUGUAUUUCUAUUCAACUCUGGGUGAUUGCUUCUGACCUAGCAGAGAACUCUCUGCAGUCUGAGGAGCAGCGAUCUGAGCCUUCUUCUCACCUCCUCAGGGGAAGGAGUUUGCUGUUGCAAAACAGCAUCCCUUUUGGUUCAUAAGAAGUUACUGAUCCUGAGGAUACAGCACAAAAAUCGCGUUCUGUGGUCAGGCAUUCACGUAACCCCGUAGAGCUGAUGCCACCGAGCUUCUCACACAGUGGGGGUGGGAGGCUGAAAGCAGGGGGAGGCUUUGGGAGCGGUUCGAUGCGUGGCACGCCAUGAAUUAUGCAUUUGUAUACCAUGAAUUAUCUGUGUAUAAAAUAAUCUGUGAAACUUUUGAAGUAACAAAAGCACCAUUUACGUCACUGAACGCUGGUGAAUUCUAAUGCUUAUAUUUGUAUUGAAUUUUUGAAUGUUUAGCUAAUUGUGUUUUUACGAAGACGAUAGUUGUAUGAACCGUUUCAUUCGGUGCUUCAGUAGUAAACAUUUGCUAUGAGGUUGCUUUCCCUGCCUGCCUUGUUUUCACACAGUCAGCUAGUGUUUACAUACAUUUUAGCCUCUGUGCCAUUUUUGAAGGCUUUAUUUGUCUCAUUUACGUUUUUGGUUUGGAUAAUACUUAAAUAUGAAAUCCAUCUGGGAAACAUAUUGUAUAUUCACAUUGAGGGGUAAAACCAGUUUUUAAUUAAAAUUUUA